UUACAAAGAAAGAAUCACGGAGAUAAAACGAUCUUCGUACACAAGACCAGACAACGACGCAAUUCUGGCCGAGAAAUGAGAGCUUACGGCUUGCUUUAAGACCGCCGUACACGGGAUCCUACUGUGUUCAAAAGACAGACACGCACACCUUGAUAACAGAACGGAACGCCAAAGAAGUGACGGUGUCAGUCAGUGACACAAAUAAGAGUCAAAUACGCCAACCAAAUUGGAGAGUGCACAUCGCUCUCCCCCUCACAUGACCUCAGACUCUGAAAACCAGGAAGAAGCUCAAGCCAUUCCACCGAAUCAAUUAAGGCUGUAGAUGCCAUCACUGCUGCAAAGCGGAGAAGCCUGUGUCACAUAUUGUUAUGUACCAAAGGAAAGUGUAAUAAAUGUGUAAUGUGCAAACUACUCUCGAAUCAUUCAGUGUAGAGUCAUAGCUCACCAAGCAAACAAAAUCUUAUAAGUAUUAAAAUGCAACGUUAUUAAUAAAAAAUAAUUAAUUACAAGCCCGAAGGAAACAACGAACUGAGUACCAUUGUUUACUUCUAAAUUUUGAUGGCCUAAAAGUGUAUAUGAUGCAAGCCACAUGUACGAAAAAAAUAGACGUAUUUACUAAACUGUGCACAUAACUUGAUGGAAUCGACAGUUGGCAUCGACUCCUGUCAAUUUGUUUCGAGUCGACAGUAAAGAUUUCGAUUCUAUUUGGAAACAAAUGUCACGUGCACAGUGCUGUGUUGUUUCGUAAUUUUUAAUUAAAAAAACAUUAUGGUGCUUGACGAAAACGAUAUGACACUGGUCGGGCCAUGAAGUACUUAAUAAAUGUUGCUCACUGUAUUCGCUUAAUGUGCUCGCCAGUGUAAGCGUAGAGUGUCCACAUAAUUCUUGCCAGAAUUCUUGUUUAAAACGUCAAAAGUAACACAAGCGUUAUGAGUCAGGAAAAAGACCGAGAUGUUUUGUUGUAUGCACCUUUCGAGUCAUUCGUACAUACAACGUUUUGGCACAAACUCUCGCAAAUUAAACUUGAAAUAGACAAACUGAAAGAAGAAGCCAGACCAGUAUGGGGUUGUUAUACUUGUACCACACCUCCCGCAAUGUGUUCUGUCCAUGUUGAUUUUAGUUCGUAUAAUCAAGACUUUCAAGAUCAACCACUUGCAUUGCCAAUGCAUGGAACAAUCAUAAAUAAGAACACUUUAGAGUCAUUCAAGGAAUAUAACAAAGUGCAGCUUUUAGAAGAAUAUGGGCAAAACUUAUUGUCUUCUAUAAAGACAGCAGAAGCUUUGAAAAAUCCAUCUCUGCUUUCCAGGUUUAUCUUGCUGACAUAUGCUGAUUUAAAAAAAUACCACUUCUAUUAUUGGUUUGCAUUCCCAGCCAUGAACUUGCCAUCCAUUAAACUGUUUCGACCACCGAGAAAACUGAACACGUUAUUUAAUGGAGAUCAGAUGCAGCAACUUCUGGAUGCCUAUACAAAUAUUAAAGACUGGAAACAACGUCCAUUUUUCUUAGUACAAGUACAAAGCGGUAAAGUUUCCAUACUUCCGCUAUGUGACAUUGAUUUACUGAAACAAGAAUGUCAUAUAGAAAAUGAAAAUAAUAUAACAAAUGGAUUGUAUCUUGCAUUUGCUGAUCCAUCAGUAUUACCUGCUAAUCCUGGAUGGCCAUUACGGAACCUACUGGCACUUGUCAUCUACCACUGUAAAGAGAUUUUAGGUAAACCACUUCAGUUAAUAGCUCUACGCCUACAAAAAUGUGGAGAUGGUCAAAGUUGGUCUGCAUUCUCCAGCCUUGUACUAAACAUUGAACUACCUACUGAAGAUAAUGCGCCACCAAAGAUAAUUCCAUCAUGGAUUGGUUGGCAACGCAAUGAAAAAGGAAAAUUUGGUCCUCGACUUGCCAAACUCAGUGCUUCUAUGGAUCCUGCAAAGCUUGCUGAAACAUCUGUACAGCUGAACUUAAAACUGAUGAAAUGGCGGCUUGUGCCAAAUCUGGAUCUUGAUGUGGUGCGACAAACUCGCUGCCUCCUCCUCGGAGCUGGAACAUUGGGCUGCGCCGUUGCGCGUACUCUUCUCGCAUGGGGUGUGCACACCAUAACAUUUGUAGACAGUGGCACUGUUUCUUUUUCAAAUCCAGUUAGGCAGUCACUGUACAAAUAUGAAGACUGUUUGCAUGGGGGCCAUCCUAAGGCUGUUGCAGCAGCUGAAUCUUUGAAAACUAUUUUUCCUGGAGUUAAUGCGUCUGGCUAUCAGUUACAUAUGCCGAUGCCAGGACACACUGUUGGGGAAGUCAUGCUUCCUGAGGUCCAAAAAGCUGUUCUGAAACUGGAGCAGCUGAUAGAGAACCACGAUGUGAUAUUUCUUCUGACAGAUUCAAGAGAAAGUCGUUGGUUACCAACAGUUAUUGCGACCAGCAAGGAAAAGUUAGUGAUGACAGCUGCUUUGGGCUUUGAUACAUUUGUCGUCAUGAGACAUGGGAUGCGCAAUCAGAAGAAGGAUGUAGCUGUUGCGCCAGAUGGUCCUCAGCUUGGAUGCUACUUCUGCAGUGAUGUGCUAGCACCUGGGAAUUCACAGGUAGAUCGAACUUUGGAUCAGCAGUGCACUGUGACUAGACCAGGAGUCUCGGCAGUUGCAGCAGCAUUGGCUGCCGAGUUACUGGUGUCAGUCUUGCAACAUCCACUAAGAGGGCAUGCCCCAGCAGAGGGGGUGUCUGACUCAAAUAAGACACCAUCUCAGUGUCCACUGGGCAUUGUCCCUCAUUCAAUAAGAGGUUUCUUAUCAUCAUAUGAACAAUUGAUAUGCGUCAGCCAUGCAUUCCAGAACUGCACAGCUUGUUCCAAAAUGGUGAUUCAAGAAUAUCAGCAGCAAGGAUUUGCUUUCUUGAUGGCAGCUUUUAACAAUCCUCAUCAUCUGGAAGAUCUCACAGGCCUCACAGAAAUACACCAAAAGAGUGAAGAUGCAGAGGUGUGGGAGCUCAGUGACAUGAGUGAUACAGAAUAAGAGAUAGCAUAUGUUUCAUGCCCUGAGGCAUGUAAUUAAAAUAUGUUGCUAUAUUUCAUUUUCAGACUGCUGCUUUACCUCUGUUUGAUGCUCAGUAAAAAGUUUGCUAGUCUUAUUCAAAAUAAACAUGCUGCAAAUUGUU